GGAGGCGGAGGAGGCCGCGGAGCGCGGGGGGCAGGGCGGGCGGCCGCAGCGUCUCGGGCUCACCCCGCGUCCCGGAGAGCCGAGUUCGGAGGAGGAGCUGAGGCGGGAGACCCCACCAGCAGACCGAGAUCCUCGAAGGGAAGGAAGGCUCCGCUUCGACCUGCGGCGGCCUUUCAGAGUGCCGUCGACCGGGAUCGACUCCCCCGUCCCCGUCUCGCCCGUUUGUGGAGCAUGGCUUCUAGGGGGCCCGAUUUCCCCUCGGCUUCCCGCGGACCCGACGGAUUCGGCCACCUCUGACGGGCUUCGGAAAGGGAGAGAGAGAGAGAGAGAGAGGCCACGGACAGGAAGGGAGCAAGGACAGGCGCGUGCCCUCGACUCCGAGCCCUCCCCCGUCCCCAGCCGAAGAGAAGGAUCUGCCGCUCAACCUCCCGGCAGCUGUCGCCCGGCUUUAGCUGCCAGGAGGGAAAUAAAUAAAAUUAAACCGGCACUGCCAGACAGCGAGCCCUGUUGAAAUCGGGGCGGAGGGCCGCGGUGCCCGGGACAGCCGGCUCCGGGAGGCACGGGCCGGACCGGAGGAGAAGCCCCCGCCCGGCAGGAGGAGCGGACUCCGCCCGAGCGGGCCUCGCUGGAUGGAAGCGGCGCCGCGGGACCCCGCGGGGAGAGCGUCCGGGCCGCGCGCCGGGGGAACGGGACCCUUUGCGGGCCGCACGCGGGGGUCCGCCCUGGGCCGGAGAGCCUCCUGAUCUGCUGCCGCUCCCCUCCCCAUCCCCACCCGGCCUCUGCCCCCGGCCCCGUCCCCUCCACCCGUGUUCCACCCAGCCCGGGCCCACCCAUGAGCCGGUGCAGCUCGCGCUCACCUUUUAAACCUCCCAAGCCGUGCGCCAUCGUUGGUCCCGGCUUCCCUGGCUACCUGCGGCCUCUCAGCCGUCUUCCCGGGUGGCGGUGAUUUUUUUUUUUUUUUUUAACCCCCUCCUGCUUCCCCUCUCCCCCUCCCAUGCUCUUCUCUCGGUCCAGGACCCUCUGACUUGUGGUUUUAUCCGGGAGGGGGAAGGGCAGGAGCGUGACUGUUUCUGGGGGACCCCGGUGCCCCCCCCAGGACCCCCAUCCCCGCCCCGCUCGGCCGCGUCCGUCCUGCCGCCGUGCGGGCCUGGGCUAUGCGGCAGGGCAGAUUCCCCUCCAGAGCUCCAACAUGCCCGCAGAGUCCGGAAAGAGGUUCAAACCCAGCAAGUACGUCCCCGUGUCCGCGGCGGGCAUCUUCCUAGUGGGAGCCACGACCCUCUUCUUUGCCUUCACGUGCCCAGGGCUCAGCCUGUCCGUGUCUCCCGCAGUGCCCAUCUACAAUGCCGUCGUCUUCCUCUUCGUGCUGGCCAACUUCAGCAUGGCCACUUUCAUGGACCCAGGGAUCUUUCCCCGAGCGGAAGAGGAUGAGGACAAGGAGGACGAUUUUCGAGCUCCCCUCUACAAGACCGUGGAGAUCAAAGGCAUCCAGGUGCGCAUGAAGUGGUGUGCCACCUGCCGCUUCUACCGGCCCCCGCGCUGCUCCCACUGCAGCGUCUGCGAUAACUGUGUGGAGGAAUUCGACCACCACUGCCCCUGGGUGAACAACUGCAUCGGGCGCCGGAACUACCGCUACUUCUUCCUCUUCCUGCUGUCCCUCACGGCUCACAUCAUGGGGGUGUUCGGCUUCGGCCUGCUCUACGUCCUGUACCACGUGGAGGAACUCUCCGGGGUCCGCACGGCCGUCACCAUGGCCGUGAUGUGCGUGGCCGGCUUGUUUUUCAUCCCCGUGGCCGGCCUGACGGGAUUCCACGUGGUGCUGGUGGCGCGGGGCCGCACCACCAACGAGCAGGUGACGGGCAAAUUCCGAGGGGGCGUGAACCCCUUCACCAACGGUUGCUGCCACAACGUCAGCCGGGUGCUCUGCAGCUCGCCGGCCCCCAGGUACCUGGGGCGGCCCAAGAAAGAGCAGACCAUCGUGGUGCGGCCACCCUUCCUGCGGCCCGAGGUGUCGGACGGGCAGAUCACCGUGAAGAUCAUGGACAACGGCAUCCAGGGGGAACUGAAGAGAACCAAGUCCAAGGGGAGCCUGGACGUGACGGAGAGCCAGUCCGCAGACGCCGAGCCUCCGCCCCCCCCGAAGCCGGACCUGAGCCGCUUCGCCGGCCUGCGCACCCACCUCAGCCUGGCCGCCGCGGAGGAAAGCAGCCUCCUGGGCAAGGACAGCCCCCCGACGCCCACCAUGUACAAGUAUCGGCCCGGCUACAGCAGCAGCAGCGCCUCGGCCGCCUUGCCACACUCCACUAGCGCCAAGCUGAGUCGCGGCGACAGCCUGAAGGAGCCCACCUCCAUCGGCGAGAGCGGCCGCCACCCGAGCUACCGGUCGGAGCCCAGCCUGGAGCCGGACAGCCUCCGCUCGCCCACCUUCGUCAAGGGCUUCCACGGGGACCCGCUGUCGAGCGGCUCGCGCUCAUCCAGCCUCAAGUCGGCCCAGGGGACGGGCUUCGAGCUGGGCCAGCUGCAGUCCAUCCGCUCGGAGGGCACCACGUCCACCUCGUACAAGAGCCUGGUCAACCAGACGCGCAACGGCAGCCUGUCGUACGACAGCCUGCUCACGCCGUCCGACGGGCCCGAGGCGGAGCCCGAGCCCGAGCCCCCGCUGGGCUACACCUCGCCCUUCCUGUCGGCCCGGCUGGCCCAGCAGCGGGAGGCGGAGCGGCACCCGCGCCCGGCGGCCCGCGACCCGUCGCCCGUGCGCUACGACAACCUGUCGCGCCACAUCGUGGCCUCCCUGCAGGAGCGGGAGAAGCUGCUGCUGCUGCGUCGCUCCCCGCCCCUGCCCGGCCGCCGCGAGGAGCCGGCCGCCCCGCCGGACUCGGCCGUCCCGGCCGCCCCGGGCUGCGGCCAGGCCCCCCGCGCCGGCUCCUCCUCGGACGAUUCCGGGCGCUCCCCGCCGGGCAAGGCCCCGCCGGCCCGGCCCGGCGUCCCCCGCUUCGGGAAGCCCGAGGGGCUGCGGGGCCGGGGCCUGGGGUCCCCGGAGCCGUCGGCGCCCGCCGCCCCGUUCCUGGCCCGGUCGGUGGCUUACGGCAGCCAGAGGGCCCCGCCCGGCGUCCCCGAAACGGAGGAGGUGGCCUUGCAGCCGUUGCUGGCGCCCAAAGACGAGCUGCAGCUGAAGACGGGCCACAGCAAGUCCAACGGGCAGCCGAAAAGCCUGGGCCCCACCUCGCCGGGCCCCGGCCAGCAGCCCCUCAGCAGCCCUACCCGCGGUGGGGUGAAGAAGGUGUCGGGCGUGGGCGGCACCACCUACGAGAUCUCCGUGUGAGCUCCGCCGCCGCCGCCGCCGCCAGCCGGGACCCCAACCCACCUCCCCGUGGGGCUCCCCUCCCCUGCAUGGACACCUCUCACACCACAGACCCCGAGCGGACGAGGAGCCCCUCAGAGGGGGCCGGGGUUCGGCGG